GCAGACUAACGUUCCGUAAACUACUGAUAAGCUUCUUAGCUUAUCCUUUUAAAUAAACAUCCUCCAUAAAAAUAUCAAUAAGGAAAAUCACGGACGACUAUAUAAAAGUAGUUGUUUUAUCGAUUUGCUUUCCUACUUAAUUAUGGAUUUACCAAAGUAUACUGGAACAAUUCAUCCUGAAGAAUGGGUAAAACAAGUACAAAUUUACUGUUACUUAAAAGGAAUUGAAAGUGAAGGAAAAAUUAUUAAAUUUUCUAAGCUCAUGAUAGAUUACACUAUAAUAAUUCCUAAUGUUAAUGAAAUUAAUUCUUUUGAAGAACUUAUUAAAGCUCUUAAGUUACAUUCGACCUUCAGUAUUUACAAAAAUUCAUGCAAAAGAAAAUUACAAUUAAUAAAGUAUAUUCCUGAACAAGAAGAUGUCGCUACAUUCCUUGCUAAUUUUCGUUCACUUUGCAUGGAAAUUAGUGAUCAUAAAGAAAUUAUAACAAUGCUUAUUAAUUCAUAUUCAAACUACUUCUUCAAAGGUGAAUUUAUAAAAAGAGUAGAGGGUAUUAAUUCUGUAGAUGAAAUAUUUAAAAUAUUUAGUGAGGUUGUAUUUGACGAAUUAAAAAUAAUUAAAUUUGGGUCUUCAAUCGCUCUGAAACAUGUUGCAACAGGAAAAUAUUUAUCAAGUUGGAAUGUUAAUUAUCCAACAGGUUCCAAGCAACGAGUGGUAUUUGCUGGUGAAAAAUUGUCAAAUGGAAAUGCUUUGUGGUAUGCGACAUGUACUACUACUAAUCGCAACUAUCAGAAUUGUACCUAUGAUGAUAGAUUUUAUUUGACUCAUAAAGUAACCGGUAAAAAAUUAUGCAUGAGUAUUAAUUAUAAAUCUCCUACAACUAGACAUGCAGAAGUAAGUUGUAGAAAUGAAGGUGAUUCUUUGAAUUGGAUAAAUAUUAAUCCAACAAAUGGUUACGCAACUUACGUAAAAGCAAGAGAUGUAAUUACUUUAAAAUAUAAUGAUUAUAUUUUCGUAGUCAUGAUUUCACAUUUACAAUUGGAAAUAAAACUUUUCAAGAAGUUGUUGCCCAUGAAGAAAGAAUUGGUGGAAAUGAUGAGUGGCAAAUUGAAAUUGUUUAAAAUGAUAAAAAAUUUAUUUUUGUUUAUUAUUGCUAGUUUUAUAGCCAUAAAAUUUACAUUAUCGAUUGGUUUAAAAAAAUUCAUGAAUUCAAAAGUCAAUAUGGAUGAGAGGUCAUUUUUAUAAAGUAGUAUAUUUUUAAAAUAGUUUAUUUUUUUGAAAUAAAAAUUUACCUGUGUCAAUUAAU